GGGGAGGCAGAGAGAGACAGAGGGAGAGAGACAGAGGGAGAUAGAUAGAGAGAUAGAUAGAGAGAUAGAUAGAUAGAUAGAUAGAUAGAGAGAUAGAGAGAGAGGUAGAGGGAUAGAGGGGAGCAGCAUUCAGAGCCGGAGCAGAGGCAGCGAGCGGAUCAGAGGCAUCGGGCGGGCCGGGUGUGAGCAGCAGGAUCCCGGGGAGGAUUGGGUCCGGGUCCGGGAGCGGGAGCCGCAGUGGAGAGGAGCGGGGCAGAGGCGCACAGCGACGGCAGGAUGAGCAUGCUGGUGCUGAUCAAUAAGCUGCUGGACUGGUUCAAGUCCUUGUUCUGGAAGGAGGAGAUGGAGCUGACGCUGGUCGGCCUGCAGUACUCCGGCAAGACGACGUUUGUCAACGUGAUAGCGUCUGGCCAGUUCACAGAAGAUAUGAUCCCAACAGUGGGUUUCAACAUGAGAAAGUUAACUAAAGGAAACGUCACCAUAAAGAUUUGGGACAUUGGUGGUCAACCAAGAUUCCGGAGUAUGUGGGAACGUUACUGCAGAGGGGUCAACGCGAUUGUCUACAUGGUGGAUGCUGCAGACUUCGAAAAGAUUGAAGCUUCAAAGAACGAACUGCACAACUUAUUAGAUAAGCCACAGCUACAAGGAAUUCCUGUAUUAGUAUUGGGAAACAAGAGAGACCUCACCAAUGCCUUGGAUGAGAAACAACUGAUUGAGAAAAUGAACCUAUCUGCCAUCCAGGAUCGUGAAAUCUGUUGCUAUUCAGUGUCCUGCAAAGAGAAGGAUAACAUAGACAUCACACUACAGUGGCUUAUCCAGCACUCCAAAUCGAGGCGUUGCUGAGAUUGCACAUGCUGAGCAGAAGAUGAUAAGCGGUCUCUCCGUCCUAUACACCUUGGAAGAAAGUGUGGAAGAGCAAAACCCUAACUCAGCUGGGACUGAGUGUUUCAACCCCCAGUUCCCGUCAACAUGGACCUCUGAGAUUUCUUCUUGGUGUUCCUCUGACUUCAAGCCAUUUUCUACAUUCAAAAGGAAAAUUGAUUUGUGCCAUUCAACAGUAUUGCAGAGUAAUGACAGACCACAUAACUAAGGCCCAGACAUGUGGCUUCAAUAUUUGAAUGAUGUCUCUGUUU